AAAGAUAGCAAACCUCACUUGCGAUUGGGUCCUAUCAUAAGGGCGGUGCUUCAACGAGCCAGUCACCUUGGCAACCGGACGUGACGAUCCCGGAAGCGGCUGACUGAGCUUUGCCCGGCUGGCGGCUUCGGUGGGCGGGGUCGGCCGAGCCCGUCCGGCACUGUCUUCUCCACGGACCCGGCACUGCUAGGGGCGGCGCCAGUAAGGCCACGCCUUCCGUGUUGACUCCGGAUGGCUCUGGAGCAAUGUCGUAGGCUCGCGGGGGCGGAGACUCGGGUCGCUCCUCUCAGAGGCUAGGGCCGGAGCGGCGUCGUCAGGCGCUUUGAUUCUUCCGGUUUCUGGUGGCUGCGUCGCCUCUUUCCAAAGGCUGGGGAUACGCCCUCUCUAGACCCGACUGUCGCCCUCCUUUCAGCAUCGAACCUGAGUUACGCCGGGACACCUCCAGCCCAACAUUCUCUCGCUCAGGUUCUCGCCCUUUGGAGGACCUCGGCCCCCCAUUGCCCACUUUUCUGGAUGUGCUGGCCCCUCCCACCCCUCUAAAAUGUCCAAUAACCUACAGAGGGUCUUCCUGAAACCCGCAGAGGAAAAGUCAGGCAACGCCUCGCAGUGUGUUUCAGGCUGCAUGUACCAAGUAGUUCAGACGAUUGGCUCGGAUGGAAAAAAUCUUCUGCAAUUACUUCCAAUUCCUAAUUCUUCUGGAAAUCUUAUACCGCUAGUUCAAUCUUCAGUCAUGUCUGAUGCUUUGAAAGGGAAUACAGGAAGCCCAGUUCAAGUUACUUUUCAGACUCAGAUUUCCAGCUCUUCCACAAGUGCAUCAGUUCAAUUGCCCAUUUUUCAGCCAGCCAGUUCUUCAAACUAUUUUCUUACAAGAACAGUAGAUACAGCAGAAAAAGUUAGAGUUACUUCUGUGGGAACUGAACAUUUUACCUCAUCAGUUUCUAAAGUUCAGAGUCAUGGUGUGAAAAUUGAUGGACUCACCAUGCAAACAUUUGCUGUUUCUCCCUCCUCAACACAAAAUGAUUCACCUUAUAUUUUAGUAAAUACUCAGAGUCUUCCAAUGACUGUGAAGUCUCCAGUUUUGCCUUCUGGGCAUCACUUACAGAUUCCUGCCCAUGCUGAAGUGAAAUCUGUACCAGCGUCUUCAUUGCCUCCUUCAGUUCAGCAAAAGAUACUUGCAACUGCAACCACAAGUACCUCAGGAACAGUUGAGGCUUCCCAAAUACCAACCGUUAUUUACGUAUCUCCUGUAAAUACAGUGAAAAAUGUAGUUACCAAGAACUUUCAAAACAUUUACCCAAAACCUGUUACAGAAAUAGCAAAGCCAGUGAUACUAAAUACCACACAAAUUCCAAUGAAUGUUGCUAAAGAGACACAAUUAAAAGGUGGUCAGCAUUCUCAAGCUGCUCCUGUGAAAUGGAUUUUUCAAGAAAAUCUACAGCCUUGCACUCCAUCUCUUGUUCCUGUUAAGUCUUCAAAUAAUGUGGCUUCAAAGAUUUUAAAAACUUUUGUAGAUAGGAAAAGUUUGGGAGAUAAUACUAUAAAUAUGCCAUCAUUGAGUACUGUCAGUCCUAGUGGGACACAAUCCAAAAGUAUGCCUAUUAAAGAUAAUGCCUUGGUUAUGUUUAAUGGGAAAGUCUAUCUAUUGGCUAAAAAGGGGACAGAUGUUUUGCCAUCACAAAUUGACCAACAGAAUUCUGUUUCUCCUGAUAUUCCACCAAGAAAAGAUACAUCACAAAUAGUGAGUUCAAGUCCAGUCACAGAAAUAUCCAGAGAGGUUGUAAAUAUUGUUUUGGCUAAAAGUAAAUCUUACCAGAUGGAGACAAAAUCACUUUCAAAUACUCAGCCUGCUUCCAUGAUCAAUCUAAGGGCAGAGAAGAAUAAAAAAGUGGAGAAACCAUCUCUUUCUACCCCAAACCCACAUAAUAUGAAUCAAUCCAUUAACUACUUAAAACAGAGUAAGACUCCAUUCACAAAGCCAGACUUUCCAGAUGGACUUAGUGCAGUACAAAAUGCCCCCAGAAAAGGAAAUAUCAUCCAGAGCAUAGAGAAAAUAAGUUCCUCUGUUGAUGCAACAACUUUUACUUCACAACAGUGUGUUUUCAGAGACCAAGAACCAAAGAUCCAGAAUGAGAUGGCAUCAACAUUAGAAAAAGUUACUCAAGAAAGAAAUGAUAAGAACCAUUCCAAAGGAGGAAGCAAUAAGGCAUCAUAUCUGAAGAGUGAUGCAGAAUUUAAAAAGAUAUUUGGUCUCACUAAAGAUUUGAGAGUGUGUCUUACUCGGAUUCCUGAUCAUUUGGGCUCUGGAGAAGGUUUUGAUUCCUUUAGCAGUUUGGUGAAGAGUAAUACUUACAAAGAGACUGAGUUGAUAGUGAAGGAAGAAAAGAAAAAACAGGGUUUUGAUAAGAAAAGAAAAGCAAAAACCGUUAAGAAGAUGGAUCACACAAAGAAGAGAAAAACUGAGAGUGUUUAUAACACAGCUAUAAAUGGAGGAACUAAUGUCAACAAUUCCCAACUCGUCAACAGUAUUUUACCAACUUCAGAUGUAUCAUGCCAUAACAUUCUCACAAGCCGCAACAAAACCAGAGAAGAAAAGAGAACUGAGGUUGAACACUAUACUCCUGAGAACCAGGAAAAAGGCACAUUGAGUUCAAAUGCAGCUUUUGAACAAAGUCAUUCUUUUAAUAAAAAUUAUACUGAAGAUAUUUUCCCCAUGACACCACCAGAGUUAGAAGAAACCAUUCGAGAUGAAAAAAUAAGAAGACUUAAGCAGGUGCUGAGAGAGAAAGAAGCAGCUCUUGAAGAAAUGCGUAAGAAGAUGCACCAAAAAUAAUAAAAUGUUGCUAUACUUAAAGACUGCAGUGAAAUAGCUGUUUUUUUAUAUACUUUUGCAUUAAGUUAAUUAUAGAUGCAUUCUGAAAGUGUCUGAAUAUGAAACUUGUUUUUCCAUCAGUUAAUGAUUAAAUUUUGUUUAAGGACUGCAAAAAAGGUUGAUUUCACACGUGACUUGUGAAUAAUCUACAUGGGGUAUCUAAAUCUUUGUCUAGAUACCUUUUUUUGGAAGGAAAAAUUUUCUAUUUUUCUAUUAUUUUAAUUAGAAUUCCCAAAGUUUGAGUAUUUGUGUAAGGGUUUUUUUUUUUUUUAUUGUUUGCAUCUUUAGCUGAACUGCUCAGGUGUUAUUCCAACAGUAGAUAAUUAUUGUAUACUACUGAAAUUAUACAAUGCAAGGGAGGAAGUCAGCUCUAAAUUUAGCCUUGCCGAUGGGCUUAUAAAUGUACUCAGUCUGUAUCCAUGAUACCAUUGUUGUAAAUUUUUGUUAUUUCAUGAAAAAAAUGUAUUCUAGCAGUAUUAUUUAAAAAUUCAAACAUUUCUCAGAGUGAGGGACACUUGUGGCUUUUACAAAGUAGUUUUAUAUAAUCCCAAAUGGGUUUUAGAAUCCAGGCUAUAUAAUGUAUUGGUUGCUUAAAGUGGUAUGUUAUUAUUCCUAGGUAAAUACUUUUUCUUCUUGAUCCUCCUCCUCCUCCUUUUUUUCUUCUCGUACUCCUCCUUUUUUGAAAUAUGUACAUAUGUAACUGUGUGAAAAGUAAAUCUGAACAAUGGCCACAUUUAAUACUUUUUAAAAUUGUAAAAUAUACCUUUUCUUAAUGGAGGCAAACAUUUUUCUGUCUAAUUAUGUUUGAUUCAGAAAGUUUGGGAGUUGUGUGGGGAUAGGGAUUAAUGGGAAGAAGGAAAAGUUUA